AUGGACCCGUCCAUGUUCCAGAACAAUGUCUUCGGCAACAUCUUUGCCGGAAACGCCGAUGGCAACGUCCCCGACCAGAACAAGGGCUUCAACGUGGCGUCGCUCGGCAUGAACCCCGCCAUGUUUGGCGGCAUGGACAUGAGCAGCAUGGCGAGCGGCGUUGGGAUGUCCAACGGCCAACCCCAGCAACUGCAGCAGCAGCAGCAGCAGCAGCAGCAGCAGCAGUCGCUUCCGCCACAACAGCAGCAGCAGCAGCCACCGCAGCAGCCCGGCCAGUUUGGCGGAGGCGGCUUCAACCCAGCCGCCAUGAUGGCGAUGGGCGCCAACCCCGGUGGCUUCGACAUCCACGCCCUGCAGCGAGCUGCUGCGGCCAGCGGCAUGAAUCCGGCGGCCUUCAAUCCGCAGAUGUUUCUCCAGCAACAGCAGCAGCGGCAAGGAACGCCGCAGCAGAGCCAGCUCGGUCAGCAGAUGCAGCAGCCCCAACUCCAGCAGAUGCAGUUGCUGCUCCAGCAACAGCAACAGCAGCAGCUUCGGUGGCAACAGCAGCAGCAGCAGCAGCAGCAGCAACAACAUCAGCAGCAGCAGCAGCCUCAGCAGCAGUCGCAGCAGUCCUUGCAGGGCAUGUUGGGUCAGAUGGCUAACAACGGCAUGUUCCCCGGAUCUGGGGGGAUGCCCAACCAGACGAACCUGACGGCGCCGCAACAGCCACCGCAGCAGCAGCAGCAGCAGCAGCAGCAGACACCGAACCCACAGGGGCAGCUGCCGCAGCACCCGCAGGCCUCAUUCAAUCCCAACGCCUUUGGCGGCAUGAACCCGCAGAUGGUGGCCAACCUCGGCCAGCAGAUGUCAAUGCAGGGCUUCAACUCGAUGGCGCAGGGCUUCCAUCAGCAGCAACAGCAACAGCAGCAGCAGCAGCAGCAACAGCAACAGCAGAAUGGCGCCCAGCCCGGCUCAUUUGGCCAGAACCAGAAUGCUGUGUCGAUGUCGGGUCUGGUCGACCCUUCUGCGCUGAUGGGAGGCAUGGCCGCCGGAGGCAGCAACGGCAGCGCCGCAGCUGGACCGUCGCAGGCGCCGAUGGCAUCGCCGCAGCGGGCCAACAGCGCGGCGCAGAUGAUCAACGGCAUCCCCUCGUACCUUCAGACGCCCAGCCAGAUGCCAUCGCCCAUGGGCCAGGGCACGCCCGGGGGACAGUCUGCCGCGGGCACGCCUCCGUCAUCGGCGGCGAAGCCCAAGCCGCCGCGCAAGAAGGCCGAAAAGAAGACGACCAAAGGCCAGACGCCGGUGAUGCAGGCCGCGAUGCCGCCAAACGCUACGAGCUCGCCCUCGGGCAUGGCCAACAUGCCGCACGGCGCCCACCCUCCGGGGUCGCAGCCCAACCUCGCCAAUCUCGCCGCCUUUGAGCGCUCCCGCAGCCAGACUCGCAGCCCCAGCAUCAGCCUGGGCCACGGAGGGCCAGGCACCCCGCUACAGAUGUCGGCGCCGCAUCCUGGUGGCAUGCACGGCCAAGGACCAGGGCAGCCGCAGCCGCACCGCGGAUCGGCGGCGUCGCAGAUGCAGCCGGGGCAGCCGAUGCCGAUGCAGAUGCAGCAAGCGCCCGGGGGCGGACAGGCCCAGAACAUCAACCAGGUGGUGCCGCCCAACUGGACGCCGAGCCUCAACCCGCAGCAGCAGCAGGCCAUCCUCUCGCGUGCUCUGGCGCUCGCCAAGGCGCAGGAAGGCUCGGGCAUCACGCCGGUCCACACCCUGAUGCAGAUGGGCUACCUCUUCCUCAAGGCAUCGAGCCUUCCGGGCGGCCAGCACGCCUCGAUGAUGCCAAACGGUGGCAUGGUGCUGACCAUCAACGAGGCGCGUGGGCUCGGGCUGAUUCCGCAGGGUGGGCCGAACCCGACGCAGCCGCAGCAUCAACAGCCGCAGCCGCAGCAACAGGCUCAACAACAACAGCAGCAGCAGCAUCAUCCACAGCAGCAACAUCAACAGCAACAGCCGGCGCCUCAAAAAGCCCAACGGCAGCCGUCCAUGUCGGGCCAGGCGCAGUCGUCCGGCUUCGGCCCAGGCGGGCAUCCGAGCCAGCCGCCGCAGCCCAUGACGCCGCAGCAAAUGCCCAUGAUGCCGCCAGGCAUGGCGCAGCAGCAUUUCCAACAGCAACAGCACCAACAGCAGCUCCAGCAGCUCCAGCAGCAGCAGCAGCACCAGCAGCAGCCAGGUGGGCCGAGUGGUCUGCCGCAUCAGAUGAGGCCCAUGACCCCUUCGACGCAGCACGGCUCGCCGUCGGCGGCGAUGGCGAUGCACGCAUCGCAGUCGCCCGCGCCCCACGGCGCCACCUCGAGCCCGGCGAUGAUGAGCCAGCCACGGCCGCGGCAACCAAGCAUUCGCGGUCCGGCCCGAUCCCCGGGAGCGGCCUGA